UGGAUGUUGAUUAAAGAUUACCUCCAGAUUUUAGAUAUCGAUAAUAAGGAUAUAAUAAUGAAAGAUUUCAAUAAUAAGGAAUCAGGUAAGGAGUAGAAGGAAUAUAGGCAUAAAGAAUGCAAUUUGAAGAAAGACCUGCUUAUGGUCCAGAUGGUUUAUAAGAUGGAAGAUAGGGAAUGAAUUAUAGAAAAUAUUCAGAUGGUAGAUCUAUUUUAGAUGGACGAGGAGAAAAUAGAGAUGUUUUAGAAGGAAGACCUGGAUUAAUGGAAGGAAAAUAAUAUCAAAUUGAUGGCAGAGCAGGAUUUAACAGAACAUAUGGAGAGGAUCGAUAUUAAGGAUCAACAAUUUUUGAAGGAAGACCUGGAUUAGAAGGUCGUAGAGAAUAAUUUUGUACAAGACCUCCAAUAUAGGGUCGACCUAUUGAGGAAAGAGGAAACAUUGAAUAAAGGAUUCCUAUAGAGAGUAGAAAUUAGUAUUAAAGAGGAUAUGAUGAUAAAUUUGGUGAUAAGUAUUUUGAAUAAAAGUAUUCAUAAUAAUAAGAGACCAUUGGUAGAAAAGAUUUAGGUAGGCCUGAUAAUGGAAAAAUGAGGGAGGAAUUUGAUAGAAGAAUUACUUAUGGUAGAUCAGAUAUGGAGGAUAAAAUGUCAGAAUUUGGAAAGAGAAAAGAAUUUGAUGGUAGAGUUAGACCAGAAACUAGUUUUGGAAGGCCAGGUGGUAUAGGUUAAUAAUAGGCAGGAGAAAAGUAUUAUAGAAGGGAAUAUAAUGAUUAAGGAUAGAGAUUUAGUUAUCAUGAAGACACUUCAGUAAUUGAUAGAUUGGGAUUAGAGAGAGGAACUAAUAGAAAUAUUAUUGGUAAUCAAGCUGCAGAAAAUAUGGUGAGAGGAGGACAACCAAUCAACAGACAAUAUGAUAGAGAUAGAAGUUUCAAUAGAUUAGGGAUGGGAGAUAGAGUGGCUAGUUUUACAAAUAGUAAAAUGGGUUAUUAACGUACUGCUGUUUAAGAUAAGGAGGAAUAUUAAGGUUAUAUUAGAUCCAAACUUAUGCCUAAGUCAUUAGGAAAUGGUUCAACAGAAUUUUAGAGGAAGCAAUCUCAAGAUUAAGGAUUCUAAAAAUGUACUUAUAUUACAUUCAUAAUUUAGUGCAAAGUCCUAAAGGUUAAGUUGAAACUAGAGUUGGAAUAUAUGAUAUUUAGAGAAGAGAUGGAAGGAUUUGA